CACCGCGCGUUCUUCCGGAAUCACUUCGCCUGGCUAGCCGGAACGACGGUCUACCUCGUCGUCGUCCUGACCGCGAUGCAAGUCGGGUUAGCCACCGAGAGUCUUAGAGACAACGACGCUUUCCAGUCUGCAUCGUACGGGUUCACCAUCUUCUCCAUUCUAGGCCCCCUCGUCUGCGCCGGGCUUAUC